AUGGAGACCGGAAAUGGGCAAUUGCUUUCCCUGAAGGUGAUGCGGGUCUCGCGUCCUUCAUUGGCAUCGUCAUGGGAACCUUUCUACUCCAGCUCCCCAUCCCUCUCUGCCCACUCAACUGCAUCCAUUACCUCUCUGCAAGGCCACACACCCCUCCCCGGACAUCCCAAGACUCUUCGUGAUCUCACUCACAUCACCGAGUUGCUCACUCUACCCUCCUCCUUUGGUGCUAUUCAACUCGGCGAGACGUUCGCUAGCUGUCUUUCCAUAAACAAUGACGCAAGUGUGGACGUUGAAGGUGUCACCGUCCGCGUUGAGAUGCAGACCGCCUCGGCCAAAGUGCUCCUAGCUGAAUUCGGAGGAGUCGACCAUCGGCUACCGCUAGGCUCGUCCUUGGAGAAGGUCGUUAGCCAUGAGAUCAAGGAGCUAGGUCAGCAUGUGCUUGGAUGCACCGUCACGUACCACGUUCCGCCAAGUGUGCGCGCGGUCGGACAAUCUGCGGACACGCAGGCUCCUGAGACUCAGUCAUUCCGUAAGUUCUACAAGUUUGCUGUCACUAACCCGCUAUCAGUCAAGACGAAAGUGCACACACCGCGCUCUCCGACGGCCUUAAUGUCUGCGGUGGAGCGCGAAAAGAUAUUCCUCGAGGUCCACAUCCAGAAUCUCACUCAGGAAGCCAUAUGGCUAGAACGGAUGCAAUUCGAAGCUAUCGAAGGAUGGCAUUGUCAAGAUGCCAACAGCUUGGAAAAAACUGCUACUCAAACAACGGAAUCAAUAUUCUCGGGAUCUGUAGCAUUGUUGCAACCCCAGGAUGUUCGACAGUACAUUUACGUUCUGUCGCCCAACAAGCCGCCCCCUUUCCCAGUGGUUCAUACACCAGGUUCGAUUCUACCACUUGGAAGGCUCGACAUUUCUUGGAGGUCGUCGUUCGGUGAACCUGGUCGACUGCUGACGUCGACACUAUCGCGCCGGAUUCCGCUCAUCCAAACUGCCCCGCCUACCCAGACUCCAACCCAAAGUCAGUUCUCUGUGAACAAGCAACCUCCAACGGCGAUCCCUUUGCACUUGCAGCGGAGUAACACGGUUAGCGGAACUCCGCCUCGUCCUCAGUCUCCUCAGUUUCCCCUUCAACGUGCCAUGAGUCCGCCGGCUGGCCAGCCUCCAGCACCCUACCGUCCCUCUUCUCCAUUUCGAGGCCGUACUGCGAGUGUGGGUCCUCCAGCGCGGAGCAACACCCACUCGCCUGGCCCUUCUACGACAUUUGCACAGCAGAUGCAACGUCUCCCGGAAGACGUGGAGGUAGAUCUUGUCGUUUCGUCUAUCCCCCGUGAUAGCAUUGCUCUCGACAAACCUUUUACCAUUGGAUUUAGCGUUAUCGCUCAGGCCCCUGCGCCAAUAGCCCGGCAUAACGAACCACGGCGUCAACGCGUCAUCUCCCUUGUCGUACAACACGUCCAACCUCCAAAACAGCUUAGUGUUGCUGCUGCCGUCGCCUCUGCCGUCGCUACUUCCACCGGUAUGGCGCCACCCUCUCAAUCCCAAGGCGCAUGGACCCCACGCGUUCCAUCCUCUGGCUUCUCGACCCCCUCCCCCUACGCGACGCCGCUCCGCGGAGACUUCACCGAUACCCUCGCGCAGCGUCUCCUUGUCGCCUCGCCUCGCCGCCUCCACGCCGGCGACUCCGACGCCUCCGACGGCGGUGAAACCCCCAACGCAGCCGCGCUCGCAGGCGGGCGCGUGUACGACCUCCCCCCGCCCGAACGGCGCGAGCAGGCGGCCGCCGCUGCGGAGGGGCUCCUCUUCCUUGGAGCGUCCGCGCGCUUCCUGCCCCCACUGCGCCUGCCCAUGCCCUCCCCGCUCGCGUCGAGCUCCGGGACUGGGGGGCACGCGCGCAUCGCGUCGGACGCAACGGACAGCUCGGCCGAUAGCGACGCGAGCGAUAACAAGCCGCUCGUUGCGCCGGAUCGGCUGAAGUCGGUCGCGUCGCAGGCGUUCGAGCUCGACUACCUGCCGCUCAAGAGCGGAUUCCUGUCCGUCGGCGGGCUUCGGGUGCUCUUAGUGGAGGACCGGUUGGUGGAGGAGGAGGAUACGGAGGGUGCGGGUCUUCCGCAGCUGGCGGCAGAGCCAAGAGUGCUGAAGGAGUGGGAUGUCGUCGCAGAGGUAUGGGUCAAGUCAUAA